UGUGCAUGUGUUAGUGAGGAGAAGAGCGUCUCUGCAGUCAGUCUCUCUGCUGCUGAGAAGGUUUUUAACAUUGCAGCGGCUGCUUUACAUUUCUGAUUUCCAGAUUUGAUCUUUUUUUUUAUUACUAUUUGAGAAAAAAUCUGAAACUACAAAAGAUACUUUCAUUUGAAAAAUGAAAACUUCAUCUUGUGUUCUCUCAGAUAGCUUUUAAACAUCGAGCUACUCUGCUGUAGAAGAGCAAGUAGUAGUAAAAAAAAAGUCCAGACGUGUAUUUUGUCAGUUAGAGGAGUUCUUCUGCUGCAUCAAUAAGGAUGGUUCAUUUUUGUACUUCACACUAUCUGAUGUUGUUUACCGCUCUGUGGAGCCUUGCCUGCCUUGGAUCACUGAGUGCAUGGACAGGCGUCAUUGGAAGCAAGCCAAAGGACCAGUUGGACCCCAAUGUAAGAGACUGGGGGGACUAUUCAGACCUCCCUCCAGGAGUUGAGCAUGGACUACGAUUGGAGGAAGACAGAGAAGAGGGAGACAGCAGGGGAGCUGCAGGGUCAACAAACUUGGCUCAAGAGCUGGAUUUUCUGGCUGACUUUGCAGGUAAAAAGAGGCUGUGGGUGAUAACAGCUCCAUCACACAACGACCACUACCUCCGAAUGAUGGAAAAACAGUUAGAAGAUAUGGACCAGAAAGGGCUGAACUGCCGUCUAGCAGAAAGAGAUACUUUCAUCAUAACCAUCAUCCAGAAUGCCAUGAUGGAAGGACGCAUCCAAAAAACCACUCUUCAGGGGGAUGCCACAGUGGAGAACCUGGACCCUGACACAGUUUCCAGACUGCUGCACUACCUGGAGCUUGCCAACCAAGAUCAGACUUUUACCAUGUUGGUCAUCAAGAAGAAUCUCCGAGUUAGUGAACGUUUUCCCUACCCGGUCCGCGUUGAGGCAGUUUUGGAACUCAUCGAUCAUUUUCCAUUGAGGAAACUGGAAAAGAUUACCAGAAAAGGAUCUAACUUAAGGUGCAAAAGUAUAAAGAAGAAACUUGUGGUGAAAAGGAAAAAGAUGAGGAAAAAGAUUGUAAUGUUACCUCAUACACGAGGUAACAUUACGUCUGUGGUGACGUUGCAAAGGAAAGGCCCUGUGGACAAAAAAGCCGCUCUGAAGCAUAAGAUCCAGGACAUACUGAACGGUCGUUCCAGGUUUGUUAUUAGGAAGGAGCCUGACGAAUCUACAAAAGGAAAAGAAUCGAGCAACAAUGACUGGCCCACUUCUCAAGUGCUUAGUCCCACAGCAGGUCCAAGGAGAAGCAAGGAGGUGGUAAAAGACAGGCCCCCCUCCACUGUGGAAAACAUGAAGAAAAAUCGAAACACACAAGAAAAAGUCGAGCCAGGGGUGAAGGCUGACAUUCAGGACAAACAAAUCUCAAAGAAAAAAAACAAAAAGAAGAAAGGAAAGAAAGGGAAAGGAAGAGGAAAGAAGUCCAGCAAGGAGGCAAGUGAGGAAGACAAAGCAGCUCUGAAAAAGCUUCUGGAGAGUCUAAGAGGGUCCAGACGCCUGUUGCUGAUCUCAACACCUAGCAAAGAUGCGACGCUGUAUGUACAGCAGAGUGAAGAAAACGAGAGGCAAAAGUGUGAACUUGCUAUCAGGAAGAUCACCGUGGCAACUGUAGUGGGCGAAGGACGUGAAGCCACCCUCACACUGCAGCACCAUCAGCUCAAGUCUGAGCCCCCCCUUAGUUACCAACCGAAGGAGCUUUCCGAUGCAGGUCUGGUCUCUUUGUUGAGACAGGAGCUCGGCAUGUCGUCUGCUGAUCUCUUUUCAAUGACCGUCACUGAUUAUGACAUCAAGCCCAAAACUGUCUUUGAGGCUCCUCCAUCAAGCUUAGCGUUGUUUGAGUACAUAGACAACUUUCCUUCAAGACACUCUGAGAAAGAGAAAGAAAAAACAAGUCAUCCUGUCUGUUCUGAAGACGUGCCAGCACCUGCUGUUCAGAAUUCACUUCUCAGGUUUAUGUCCAAGAGAAGACUUCUGCUGAUCUCAGCUCCCUCUGAAGAUGACUAUUCUUUCCAGCAACAGCGCUCCGCUUUCAUUGGACAGGAGUGUCACCUUGGUAUUCGCCACUUUGCCCUGCUAAAGCUUUUUGGAAAUGGAGAAAAAGCUACAGGAACUGUGGAGCUAUUUCCCCUGAAUGGUCACAGUCAGAGCGAAGUCGAGCCCCUUUCCUCCGACACGGUUAAAAAUCUGAGGGAGCAGCUGAAAAUAAGCAAAGACUAUUUCAGUAUGCUGGUUGUGGGGAAAGAUGGCGAUGUUAAAGCCUGGUUCACGUCGCCAAUGUGGUCCCUGGACAGCAUCUACGACCUGGUGGACUCUAUGGAGCUUCGUCUUCAAGAGGAGAAGCUCCAGAGGAGUCUGGGGAUCCACUGCACUGAGGAAGGAGGUACUAGAGGCAGCGAAAGGGGGCGCUACCCUGGAUAUAGUGAAGAGGAGGAGACACACUUAUACCAGAAAUGAAAGUAUCACGAAAACAACACAAUGAACUUAAGCAAGUAUACUAAUUGUGUAAUAAAUAAAUAAAAAGGUGCAAAUGUUGGAAAGCACAACAAGGAGUUGCUUGUUUGUGUAUGUGUGCAAAA